GGUUAGCCGGUUAACCGGCGUCGGUUACUCGACUAACCGCCUCCCCACAGACAGUUUCCGCCAACCGACCGUGAAUCGUUUCUUUUGGUUUUCAGUUAGCCGCUAACCGGCGAUUAACGGUUAGACCGGCCGGUUAGCCGCUAACCGGCAACCGAAAUAACAGCCCUAUAAGAGAUAAUUAUAAUAUUGAAGAUAUCGAUGAUUGAAAUGUUGAAGGGAAUGAGUUUUUACAACAUAUACUCAUCACAUCAAUGGAAUGUGGGUGGGUUGCAUGUGGAUAGAUAAUGUAAAAAAAUAUAAAGAAAGGUGGGCUAGGAACACGAGGAUCAGAGGAUGGGUAGGAAAUUAUUAACGUGUUAUUAUAAAUUUACAAUUCAACAAAUAGUCCAUAUAAUAAAUUAAUAAUAUUAAGUUUCAAUCCUUUUGAAAACCCAUGGAAAAGAAAUAGCAAAGAAUCAUAUGCAUUCGAUCGAGACAUUAUUAUUUCCCUAUAUACAUAAAGAAACUGGAUACAGAAUUCGAGCUUCGCACAAACCUCAUCAAAUCCCCACCACCUGCAACUGCAACUCUAAUAUCAUCUGUUUGAUCGAGAUAUGGCCAGCAAUAACAGUUCCAACACUGAAACCAGCGCUCCUGGGAGGCAGAAAGCAGACUUCAAGGCAACUGUAUGGGGAGACUUCUUCAUCACCCAUGUCUUUAGUGACCAAGAGGUAAACCCGUCACUAAUGAUAUCUGCUUUCUUCCUCUUUCUUAACGAGAGUGAAUCCAACAACACCUUUGCUUCACCUUUUGGCAGACCGUAGAUGGGUGGAUCGAGGGGAUAGAGGCGUUGAAGGAAGAGGUGAUUAAGGCGAUGAUGAUGUCAACGGAGAAGCUGCAUCUGAUCGAUGUGGUGGAGCGGCUGGGGAUCGGUUACCAUUUCGAAGCGGAGAUUGGAGAGCAGCUCCGACAGGUUUAUUGUGACGGGACCAGUCGUCGCAAUAGAGAUGAUAUCAUUAGUGACGAAGAUGGAGACCACCUCUUCACGACUGCGCUUCAGUUCAGGCUGCUCAGACAACACGGCUACAACGUGCCUUGUGGUACCAUUUCAGCUUUCGUUACAUGGUUAUUAAUUACACGACUUCUUUUGCUAGGAUUUAAAGAAGAAAAAUUAUUGACUUAUACACACUAUAACUUGAAAAUAUAUUUCAUUACACCGUGUGUAUGAGCUUAUAUAUACGUUGAGUUUUACUAUUUUGGUGGUUGGUAACCUAUUCAUUUACGUAUUGGAUUAGAGUUUAGUGAAUAGAGGUGACAAAUGGAUUAAUUGGAUUCAUGGAUUUGUGGAUUGGAUUGGUGGAUCCAUGGAUCAAAUGGAUUGGUGGAUUCAUGAAUCGGAUCAAGUAGAUUGGUGGAUUAUUAAUGAAUCCAAAUGACAUCCUUAACCUUGGACCAAUAUGUAAAAAGUGAAAAGUUUAGAUACCUAAAUGUUGUAAUGAAAAUUUUUAGGUACCAAAACGUAAUUUUCCAAUGUAAAAAAAUAAAAAAGUAUAGGUACUAAACUGUAAUUUGCCAACGAUCCAUGAAUCCACCAAUCCAAUUGGAUUUGGAUCAAAUGGAUUGAAUGUGUUGGAUAUUUUUAAUGGAUUGGUGGAUUGGAUUGAGAAUUGUUCCCUCUAAUUGGUCGAGUUUUUUUUUUUUUCAUUGGUUGUCGGCACAAGGUAUUUUCGCAUUGUGGAUUUCUCGUUCCAUUACAAUACUAGGAUAUGAUGAUGAUGCUAGUUGAUAGGUUUACUGAAUACAAUAUAUAUGCAGAUAUAUUCAACCAAUUCAAGAACCAAGAAGGGAGCUUCAAGGAAGAACUAGGGAAAGACAUCAAUGGGUUGAUGAGCCUUUAUGAAGCUGCAUUUCUUCAGACGCAUGGAGAGACGAUACUGGAAGAAGCUGUCGAAUUCGCAGGAGACAACCUUCGCAACUACUACUUCAAGGUGGAUCGUGGUGAUGAAGAUGAUGAUAAUCGGAUACUGUCCAAAAGAAUUGCUCAUGUGUUGGAAAGGCCGCUGCGCAAAGGCGCUCCAAGGCACGAACAGCUCUUCUUCAUCACGGUAUACGAGCAAGAGAAAGGUCACAACAAAACCCUUCUCAACCUCGCCAAAUUGAGUUGGAACCAUUUGCAGAGCAUAUACCAACAAGAGAUUAGGGGCAUUAGCAAGUAUACGUCUCGUUGGUCUCUUUUCAUUUUGGGAUGAAUAUGUUUUUGUUCUUUCUAACUAAUUAAAACGAACCAAUUCGUUGACGUAGGUGGUGGAUCGAUUUGGACUUCGCCACGAGGAUAUAUUUCGCUCGGGACAGACUGGUCGAGAUAUACUUCUGGGCGAUCGGAAGCAUGUGGGAGCCCAAAUAUGCACUUUCGAGAUACUUCUUAACGAAAAUCACCAUACUCAUAUCCGUGACCGACGACAUGUACGAGGAGCGUGGUAAACUUGACGAACUUGAGUUGUUUACCUCUACAGUCGAGAGGUAUAUAAGUCUCUCUCUCUUUCUCUUUCUUGUGUUUUUGGUUGAGCACUUGUUUUUUUACUCACAAGUGAAUUUAGAACUAGCUAUAUCUACAAGUAAAAAAGAAAAAAAAAUCCUGCAACCACAAAUAAGGUUGCUGAAAAUCAGAAAAUGGUCGCCAAAACAUUGCGGUGACGAUAAAUGAGGAUCGCCACGAUAGUCGGCAAAAGGUCAUCACCUUGCAACUCUAUGCGACGAUUAUGUUGAAAAUAUUGUUUGGGUUCUGUGACUAACUGAUUAAAUGUGGUUGCCACAUGGGUUACUUUACAACCACUAGUAAUGAGUGCCUAAAGGUAGAAAACUUCUGCAACCCUUCGAAUGUGGUUGCCAAUUGGUCUUGAUCACAAUCACUACUAAUGGAGGUCAAGAAAACGGUAGUCGAAAUUCUUUUUUCUUGUAGCGCUAGCUAUCUAGCUUCGUUAACUAAACCAAUCAACGAAUCAUAUAGCUUGAAAGUGAUUCGGAUGGCUAAUGAUGAACAGAUGGGACACCAGCAUGAAAGAUCUCCCAGGCUACAUGAGAACUUUGUUUGAGGCGCUUAGUGAUGUGGUGGAUGAAAUAGCCACAACUACGACCACACAAGGAAGACACUACUGCGGAGACUAUCUAAAGGAGGCGGUAUGUAAUCUAAUUAAGAAGUUAUUAAUUAAUCAAUUCACUUAAUUAGCUUAAUUAGUCAUUAUAAAACUAUCAUGUUUAUGGUAAUUAAUUAAAUGGCGUGCC